AUGGAGGAGCAGCCGAAGGAGGGCGAGGCCGAGGUCGAGGAGCACUGGUUCUCUAAGUGGGAGCGCCAGUGCCUGGCCGAGGCUGAGCAGGAAGAGGAGUUGCCCCCCGAUAUGCAGGAGGAGGCUACCCCUGAGGCGGCGGGGCUCAAGAGCGAGAAGCAGAAGCUGUGGCACCUCUUCCAGGUCUCAGCUACCGCUGUGGCCCAGCUCUACAAGGAUACGGGGUGCCAACAGCCAGGACUCUCCUUGUGGGACCCCUUCCAGAGUGCGGCCACGGCUGUGACCAGCCUCUACAAAGAGAGCGGGGAUGCCCACCAACGAAGUUUUGACCUGGGCGUCCAGGCUGGCCACCAUCGUCGCAUCAAAGAUGUGCUGGAAUGGGUGAAAAAAGGCCGGAGCACCAUUCUUCGAGAAGAUCUGAUUAGCUUCCUGUGUGGCAAGGUGCCCCCCGCGCCUCCGCCGCCGCGCAGCGCGAGGACGCCCCCGAAGCCACCCGCCGGGGCCCCCAGCCAGGCCGCGGCCACCGAAUCCGGCUCGUCCGUGGACGUCGACCUGCAGCCGUUCCACGAGGCCAUCGCCCUGCACGGCCUCAGCGGCGCCAUGGCCAGCAUCAGCGUGCAAUCCGGAGCGCCCGGCUCCCCGCCUCAAGCCAGCGGUGUGGCCGGCGACGGCCACCGAAGAAGUAGCUGCCUCGAGGACGACUCGAACCCCAUCGACUCCGAAGAAGUGGCCCUCCACCUGGACAGUGGGGGGACCCGCAAGCGCACCUCGGCCCAGUGUGGUGAUGGCGACACAGACUCCCCAACCCACAAGCGCAACCGAAUGAUCUAAACUGGUCUAAACCGCCUCGUGGGUCGCCAGCCGCCAUAUUGCUCGGCCAUCAUCUUGCUCGUCAAAAGGGUCCUUGAGACUGUUUGUUCCUUCUUUAAGUUAAACAAAGAGUUCUAUCAGUUCGCCACAAAGAAACUUUAAAAGUAUUCCAGGAGAGCCAUCCUAUGACUCUGACUUUCCCAAAAAUAUAAUACUAGCAGAGAACAAGUAUAAUGUAGUAGUUAGCAAGACCGUUUAAUGCAGAAGUAUCCGGUCAAGCGGGAGCCUGGUUUAUCUUGUUCACAGUUAUAUUUCUUAGC